AUGAAACCAAAUCAAUAAUUAAAUACAGAUGAAGAUGAAUUGAUAUCAGAGGAGCCUUGGAAAGAAUACAUAGAAUAAUUUAAAGAUUUAAAACAGAAAGCUCAUUCUAAAGCAGAUUAAGAAUUCUAACUUGUUACUAAACUUGAAUAAACCUUAACUAAUAUUGGUAAAGGUCCUAAACUUAAUCCUGAUAAGUCUUAAUUAAUACAUAAAGCUAAAUGCAUUUUACUUAAGCUUAAAAGAGAUCUACAUUUCUUUUUUGCUGAUGAACAUGAAUUAACACUUUAAUAUAUCACUAUUUUAUUUCUUUAAAUAUUAGAAGAUUAACCAUAUUUAUUCAAUGAAUUUUAAUAAUAGAUGCUUGAAAUGCUUACCUGUCUAACUUUAAAGGAUUAUACUUUAAUACUUCUAAUUAAUUCAAUUACAUUAAAAGAUUAUAUUAAGAAAUUAACUAAAGAUAUAUUCUUAGAUGCAACAUAGUAUAAUCCAACUAGUGAAAUUCUAUUUCUCUUAAUUGUAAUGAUGAUAGCCCAUCUAGAUUUUAUUAAAAAUCCAGAAUUAGAAUUGGUCUAAUUAAUUGUUAAAUGUUUUUAACAUUACUAAGAUUAAAGGGAUAAAACCUUAAGAGAAAGAGAAAUCUUAGAAUAAAGAAAAAAAUUUGAAAAAAAAAUUACAAGAAAACAAGGUUUAGAAAAGGAAGCAAUGGAAUUACCUCCUGAAUUAAAAUAUAUGCAAGUUCCAUAAGAAACUUGUAGAAUUUUAAAAUUAGGAUUAUCACUUAUUCCAAGUAACAUCUGCUAAAUGCCUUCAUCUUAUAAAUAUUAAUAAUCUGAGGAAAUAAUGAAAGAAACAUCUUUAAAUGUCUUUUUCUGCACAUUAAGCUUCAAGAUUAAAUAAACUUUAGUAUAAACAAUAAAGGAGAAUAAAAGGGAUUUUGAUGUAGUAUAGAUGUUAGUAGAUAUAGCAGGAAUGCCAGAAUGUUUUACAUAACAAAGAGAAGCAUUGAGAACUGUUAAUAUGUUUUUAGAGGGAUUUGAUGAUACAUUAUUAUGGAUUAAGUUUGAUUCAACAAAUUUAUUUGACAAUAGUAAUUUGAAUAACGUUUAAAUAUAUGGUGAUCCAACUAAGUUAACAAUAGAUUAAGGAUUAUUUUAUGAUGGUUGUGGUUGUUUUUUUGAUCGUAAUCAGGUGCUUUAACUAGAAGAACCAUUGAAAAUAAAUAAGAAAUAAAUUGCAGUAUCGUUUUGGAUGGUUAUGUUUAAUCCAGAAACUAGUAAGACAAGAGGUGCUUAAAAUAAUUAUUAGAUACGUACUUUGUUGGGUUCUAGUGAUGGAUUUACUUCUUUAAUUGUUUCAGAUUCUUAUUCCUAAUUAUUUGGAAUUACAAAUAUAAGUUAAGAUGCAUAUGGAUACAAGUUUUUUGAACCGAAGAAUUCUGAAAAAAACUUUUCAGGUUGGAAUCAUGUUGUAAUAAUACUUGAUAAUGAAUAAGAAUCAGCAUAUCUAUAUUUGAAUGGUUCUUAUGAAAGUUAAAUGAGUAAAGUUGUUGCAUUAUUUGAUAUAUAAUUUAUUGGUAAUAGUGGUACUCUUGAUUAACCUAUAGGAUAUGUAUGUGAUUUAAGAAUCUAUCCUAAAAUCUUAAACGAUUAAGAAAUCAAAAGUUUAUCAUCAUAUGAUAAAAAAUAAGUUUUAAUAAAUAGUAAAAAUGAUUUAAUAGAAUAAAUUCUUAGCAAUAGAAUUAUUUUAGAUUUUAAAAGAUUAUUAGGUUAUUUUACAGGUAAGAAUUCAGAAGCAUUGGUAUAGGCUUUGCAAAUUCUUUCAAAAUUAUGCCAGGCCACUACCAUUUUUAGAUUAGAAUGUGCUAAAUAUGGAAUAUUUGAUUUGGCUAUGUAACUCUUACCAUCACCUAACUAAUAAGUAUCAUAUUAUGCUGGAUUAUUAAUUAAUAAUAUGAAAUGA